AUGAAUGUGAGGCUCUUGAUAAAAUUUUGUUCUUGUUUUUACAGGGUAUAUUACCUGUUAAUUUGUCUCAGAAGAAUGACUCCUUUUCCUCAUUAACUGCAGAUUUUGGACAAGGAAGAAGUAGACAAAGUGAAAGGAAGCAGGGAUAUACCUGAUAUAAAGCCUGGGUGUAUUGUCCAACUCAAAGUGGUAGGUCUUUAGGACGAGAUAAUUCCAUUUUUAUGAGUGACGAGGGUAAUAUCCGGCCAUGAACUUAACCCUCUAGGUUUUCGGGUGCAGGAAGUGCCAGAAAAUAAGUCCCGGGUGUCAGUACUGAAGGGCAUUGUGAUUGCUAGGCGCAAUGCUGGCCUGCAUACUACAUUCCGACUACGGAGAAUGGUAGCAGGUGUAGGAGUGGAGUCCGUUUUCCCUCUGUAAGUUUGGCUGGCUGCCUCAUUUUUCACGAAUAUUUAUAUCCCCUAGGUUUGUUCUGCUCACAGUUGAACCCCAUUUUGUGUGGUUGAAAAAAACUUUAGAGAAGAAAUAUUAGGAAGUCGUUUGUACAUUUACGAAGACAUUGCUUUGAAAUAAUGGCAACAUAGUGAGCCAAUUAUACAUCACUCGGAUACCAUGAAAAUUAGGUUUUAGGAAGCCACUAAUGGCUGUUUCGUUGCUGAAGGCAAGUAGCCAAAAGCCAUAAACAUGAUGAGAAGAUAGAUAGUCUUCGCAUCUGAUAGUUCCUUGGUUCAUCCUCGGUGAGCUAAGCGAUGUCCUUGACUGCCACAUGUGGAUGAUGGCUGUACGAUCCAAAUGAAUAUGAGAUUUUGUCUCGGAUUUAUCUUCGCAAUUGCUCGUUGUAUGUGAACAUGAGGAUAUGCGUUUUUCUUGUUCGUGAACAAUAGUUAAUUACUAUUUUUGAUAAAAAAACUGGUAUUGAUAAUUUUUGUGAAAGAGAUGACUGUUCAAUCUACAUGAAUGUGAGAUUUGGUCUGGGAUUUAUCUUUGUCAUUGUUUCUAGUACGUGAACAUGCAGGUAUGCUCUUUUUUUCUAUUCAUGGAAAAUAUUUAAUGACUAAUUUGCAUCAAAAAUCAGUAUUUGAUACGUUUUGCUUAAAGCGAUUUGGAAACCUUACUACUUAUAAGAGAAUGAGGUUUUUGGCUGUGAUGUGGCUAACAUAGAAAGAUCCAUUGUUCUGCAUUGGGUGCUUUAUUUCUGAGAUUGGGUUGGAUCUUCAAUGCGUCUGCUAGUCUUUUAUUGGGAUCAUAUUAACCUGGGAAAGUUAGGUGUAUUCUUCUUAAUCAGGUUGAAAUAUGAGUGAGACGACCUUUUUAAAAAAAAAUAAAAAAAUAAAAAAUAAAAUAAAAAUCAGUGAAGGCAUCCCCAGUAAUUUCGAAUAUUGGGCUGAAAUAAAUAAUCACCGAAUGGCUCGACUCCAUCUUUUAUUAGAUAUUUAUUACAAAUAUGAUCUAAUCCCCAGUGUAGGCCUUCAUUUGGGUCCUUUCUAAUGCGGAAAACCAUGCUCUCCGGAAUAAUUUUUUUUUUGAUGUUCUUCGUUCAUUCGUUCAUUCAUUCAUUCAUUCGUUCAUUCAUUCAUUCAUUCAUUCAUUCAUUCAUUCAUUCAUUCAUGGUCAGGUACUCCCCGAACAUCAAGGAGAUGAAGGUGCUGGACAAGAAGGACGUCAGGAGGGCGAAGCUCUAUUACUUGAGGAACAGGAUGAAUGCUCUGAAGCACAAAUGA